AUGACAGAAGUGAAAGGAACUCCCAUCAUUAAAGGUUCACGAACAAUGCAAAUAACUGGCUUAUAUAAAGGAAGGGCAAUUAUUAUAAAAGACUCUUACAGUGUUAUAAAUAAGAAGCUUAAACUAUUUCCUGCUAUGUUUAACUUACAAACAGGACCGAAAGAAGUAUUUCCAUAUAACUACUACAGCAGUGUUUUGUUAGCAAAUGACAACAGAACUGGUGUCAUUUCUGAAGCAUGUAAGUUUGUAAAAGAUAUUGAAACGUUCAUGAAGAACAUAGAUUCCAUCAAAGGUUGCAGAAUAGAUGAAAACCACUUCGACUUAGAAAAAUAUAGCACGUUUUACUGCAAACAAGAUGUAAGAAUUUUAAGAGAAGGUUUUGUAAAGUUCCGCAAUGACUUAUUGAAAGAGUUUGAUUUAAACGUUUAUGACUACGUUAGUAUUUGUUCUAUUGCUAACAAAUUGUUUGAGAACAGAGUGUACUUCCCGAAUGGAAAUCUUUAUGACCUCUCAAAUAAACCAAGAGAAUUUAUUUCGAGAUGCAUUCAAGGUGGAAGAUGUAUGUUGUCAGAUAACAUUAAACAAAAGAGCAAAAAGAAACUCAUUGCUGACUUCGACGCU